AGGUGACACCCGUACCCCCAAGGAUCCGGACUAGGCUAGAUAACACACCUCGUAGUUUGGGCGCUAGGCGCCGUUUUAUCUUAUUAUCAGAGACAUAAAUGUUAUUUAUGUCUCUGUUAUUAUAUAAUGCAGUCGGGAUCGGCCUUUCCCAAAAAUAGUCGAUAUAAAUACGCUAAAAACUGUUAUUUGCAGGUAGCUCCACUAAAGCCAUCUGCCCUUGUGACACAUUCUAAAAAUUUCCUCAACAAUGUCGUAUCUGAGUGCACCGUUGGAAAGACUAGAAAUGGAUCUUUUCUUUGGUUUGUCGUCAUUAAAGCUGAAACUUUGCGAUGCAGGUGUCAGGGAAGCAAUAUGCUUUUCCGAGGCAUGCGUGCAUGCUGCUAAGAUGUCAAAGACGGUGUACGCCUUCACCGAGAUUUUUGGCAAUGGACAUCAGAUGCUUCUGGAUUGCAUCAAACAGGACGGGAGUGAUCACCAUUUACUACAAAAACUAAUCUCCUACACUUCGAAUUUGAAAGAAGCAACCAGAGCACUGCAUAAUGUAUCUGGAGGAUCAAAAAGGAAAGAAAGUGAGACAGAGUGGGCAGCAAGACUUGCUGUCCAUUUUUUUUCACCAUUAUCAUUGGUCCAGGACUAUAUUCUAGACAGUUGUAGCAACCAUAAAGUCUUGGAGUGUCCAUGCUCCUGCAAAUCGCUAAUAAAGUAUGGUGACACAUCAAUUGGUCAUCCCAAAACAUGGUUUGGACUUUUUGACAUAGUGAUUGGAAAAGCUUUAAGCCCUCUUGAAACUGAAGUACACAUAGCAGCUACUGUAAUUCCUGAGGAGCCUGUUGAAGAGUCUGAGUCAAUACUUGAAAGUUCAGAAGAUAACCUCUCACAAAAUGAGGUUAAGUUCAAAAGCCUUGAACAGUUUUUUCCACAAAUUGCCUCUCAAAGCUUAGUUUUUUCAUUCUAUCAGAAAAAAUGCAAUUCGGCUAUUAGUAUUGUGCCAUAUAUUGCAGUGAGCAAAACUCAUGUGCAGUUUCAUUUUUAUGACUGUGAGAAGGACCUUUAUAUUUUGAGUCAGGAAAUGCCGUUGUUUUCUCAUGAUGACACUGAAUUAUUUCUGGAAACAGUUAUUGCAACAUGGUUAGUUUUAAACUAUAGAUAUCUGUUGUCUGGACCUACAGAGGGAAUGGUUAAGGGUGAAAAGUUUGGUUUUCAUUCAAAUGUUUCAGAUGAAGUAUUGAAUUUGUACAGAAAUGAAAUCAAAAUGGGUAUAACUGAGCUAAAAACUGAAAAUUUGGAUAUAUGGAAUGGAUAUUUUGAUCAGGGUGUUACAUUUGAUGCAAGUGACACCUUAAAACGAAAAAAGAAUAUGAAAAUGCAGCAGAGUUGAAAUUUGAAAAUUUUCAACUCUGCUGCAUUUUCAAGUGAACUUUUCAGAUCACCCGUUGUCUGUCGUCCCUCUGUCCAUCUGUAAAAUGUUCACAUUUAUAGGUCUUACUAUACUUACUAUACUUAACCAAAUUUCGUACAAAUUAUCCUUAUGGAAAGAGAAUUUUGAAUUGGUAAAACAAAGGGCACAACUUUUUUUAAAAGGGAGAUACUUGCAAAACAGUGAAAAAGCCUAAAAAACCCCACUGCACUAGGAAUGCCAAUAUUUACAGCAAGGCUUGUAUAGAUAGUGUAGAUUCUAAAUUGUGAAAAGUGUGACCCCAGGACUAAUACUUGGGUCCCAAGAGGGGUUCAAAGUUUAACAUGAAAGUAUAUAGAGAUGAUGUUAAAAAUCUUCUUCCGAAGAGCUACAAUGCAACUAUUUGUGAGAUUACUAUGCAAGCAUCCUCAAAUAAUGUAGAUUUUAUUUGUUAAAAUAGUGACCCCAGAACUAAUACUGGGACCCCAAGAGAGUUUUAAGGUUUGAUAUAAAAAUAUUUAGUAUAUACAGUAGAGGUGAAAAGUUUAUCAUAGAAAUAGAUAGGAGAAAGUUUAAAUAUGUAAUUCCCAAGAACAACAAUGUUACAAUUUUUGAGAUUACUGUGCAAGCAUCCGCAAAAAAUGUAGAUUCUAAAUUGUUAAAAUAGUGACUCCCAAACUAAUAAAAUUACAGGAAAAAUGUUAAAAAAUCUUCUCAAGAACUACAAUGCGAGCAUUCUUAGGAAAGGUAGAUUCUUAAUUGUUUAAAAAGUGACCCCGUGUCUAAUACUGGGGCCCCAAGAGAAGUUCAAUGUUUAACUUCGAAAUAUAUGGGGAAAAUAUUUAAAAACUAAAAUAAAAUGAUUCAAUGAACUGUUGUUCAAGUGAGCGAUGUGGCUCAAACUUCCCAGAUAGUGUUUUCUUAGGAAGAGGAUGUGCAGUGACCUUGAACCUUGAAUCAAUUUCAAGAUCAAAGGUCAAACUCUUGGGAGAAGAAUUGUAUAGCUAUCUUAAGCUUAAUCAUACCAUUCGUUGCCAAUGAAUUAUUGGCGUGGAGUGACCAUUGAAUCAAAUUUUGUUAUUCUGUGGGUAGAACAAAACUAGCAAAACUUUUUUUCAGUUAAAAUAGUCUCUUUCAAAAUUAACCUUUUUGUGCUACAUACAUACAUUGUAAUACUUUAGAUUUUAAUGUCAUUUGCUAAAAGCGGGGCCAUUCAACGAAGUCUAGUUACUUUAUAUAUUGUUUACAUUUGGAAAAUGAAAAAAAUUAAAAGUCAAAUAAAUAAAUUAUUUUUACGUACA